AUGGCUUCUCCUCUGGUUAUUGGACUUGGUAUUGCCACGACUGCCUUCCUGGGCCGCGCUGGUCUGGUCGCCUACCGUCGCUCCAAGGGAGGGUUGAGUGCCGCCGGAAAGGCAUUUUACAAAGGAGGAUUUGAACCCCGCAUGAACCGCCGGGAAGCCUCCCUGAUUCUGCAACUCUCUGAACGAACCUUGACCAAGGAUAAGAUCCGCAAGAAUCACCGCCAGCUCAUGCUGCUCAACCACCCCGAUCGCGGUGGCAGUCCAUACUUGGCCACCAAAAUCAACGAAGCGAAGGAAUUCCUCGACAAACAUGUUUAA